AUGUGCUUUAUCAUCUUCCUGAUCAUUCUUCGUCGGGAUCCUCUUGCCGUUGUGUAUUGUUCUGUGGUACUACUUUGUCCUGCUGUAUGCACGAUAUUGGUCCUUAGCGACGAACGCCUUGAUGGAGCACGAUUCUGGUUGGAGUACUGGAUAGUUUACGCCGUGAUCACGUCGCUAGGAAGAGCGUUUAAAAGGUCUUAUGCAAUUCGCUUACAGUCAUGA